AGGAACCCCUAGAGAUGACAGCAGGGAAGGAAGCAGGCAAGAGCAUGAAGGAAGAUUCUUAUUUAUCUCUCUUCCUUCACAGGUGCUACUAUACUUCAAGGACUUCAGAAAACUGGUGAAUCCCCAACAUCUGAUCAUUUGUUCCCUCCUGCACCAGGCCCUGGUUACAGUGCUUUCUCUGACUACACUGCUCCUCAUUCAGGACACAGCUCUCUAGACCUCCUUAAACUGAAAGAACCCUCUACAACAAAACAUCAUUGCAAUACCACACACUCAUCCCAAAGGUUUAACAAAACUAUAGAUAAUUCCAAAAACUCUACAACUCAUCAUAUUGUUUAUGAUAUUCCUCACAGUUCUAACCAAAACUCUGGCCAUCAAAGAAAAAACCCAAUUAUCCAGAAUGGACAGUCUGUUGAUCCUAAAUCCACUAACACACAUAAAGGAUCAUCCAGUACAAAAUAUCCAACAGCAGCCCCCAAGAGAAAAACGACUUGUAAGACCAAAACAGGCAAACCAAUAGUAAGAAGCACAGCUAAUAUUGGAAGAACUCAGGAAAAGGACAACAGAAAACACAUUACUUUCAAUAGUACACACUCCACCUCACACCAGACGGUAACUCCUUCCCACAAGUCAGUCAAUACAGAGAUCAAAAACCUCACAUCAUCAUCAGAAAAAAUCUCACCAGCCAUGAGGACAUCACACAAUGAGACAAGAAGCCCAAAAAGUUCAGGAGUUGAAGAACAUAAAACAGAUAGUAAUCACAUAACUGUACUUGCCUCGGACAAGACUCCGAGAACGAUUACAGGACACACAGAAAAGAUUGCACCAGCCGUUGAAAAGACAACACAAACACCAUCAAACUCUACAAAACAAAGACCAAAGACCACAUCAGCAAAUUGUAAGACCACAAGAGCCAAAGUAAACACUCUGAAUCCUGGAGAAAAGUCCAUAUCAGCAGAUGAAAAGACGACAAGGUCCACGGUAAAGCCCCCAGAACGUAGAACAGUAAGAAGCACAGCUAAUAUUGGAAGAACUCAGGAAAAGGACAACAGAAAAAACAUUACUUUCAAUAGUACACCCUCCACCUCACACCAGACCGUAACUCCUUCCCGCAAGUCAGUCAAUACAGAGAAUGAUACAAGAAGCCCCAAAAUGACGACAUUUGCUCAAAAGAAGACCGCAAGAGUCUCAACAAAGUCCACACGGGUUGAACAAGAGACCACCUCAGCCUUUGAAAAGACUACGCCAUUCCCAGGGAAGCUGACGGAACAUAAGGACAAGACCACGUGGGCAAAUGAGACCACAAGAGCCCCAGCAAAGUCUACAAAGUGUACAAAAAUUGGAGAAAAGGCCACGUCAGCCACUGAGAUCAUAAAGCCUGCAGAAAAUCCAGGAAAAAACACAGCAGCCACAGAGACUGUGACACCUCUAGUCAAGGUCACGAGAGACAAAUCUAUCACUACCAUCUCUCCUCGUCCAAACAAAACCAAGUUGACCCAUCAGGUGCUCACUGGUUAUCUUAAAUUCACCUCCACGCUGGAAACCUCUGGCAACAAAAGCCAUCCAAACCACAACAAAGGCGACUCACAAGGAGGUCUCCAUGCUGCAGAGGUCAGAGAGAAUCCAUUCCCUGCAUGGGCCAUAGUUGUUGUGGUCCUAUUGGCUGUGAUUCUCUUCCUGGUGUUCCUUGGCCUGAUCUUCUUGAUUUUCUACCUAAUGAAAACAUGCCGUGCACUCAUCCAGAACACAGAUCCAGAGGAGAACUACCCAGAGAAUGAAGGGGGCCCCAAUUCCUACCCAGUGUACCUGAUGGAGCAGCAGAAUCUCAGCAUGGGCCAGAUCCCUUCGCCACGAUGAUCUUUUAAAAACUGCCCACCACCAGGACUUCCAUGUCCUGCCUUUUUCCUGGAUGAGGACUUAGAUUCACAAUUCCUAUUCCUGUACUCCAGGAAGGGCAAAGUACUGACAGUUAAUAGUAUUAACCAUUCAUCUGCUGUGUUCUCACUGAAACUGGUCAAGGUUUGAGGUGAUAAGCAAGAAGGAUGUGUUUGGGUGAUAGGAAAGAAAGAAUAAAUAAUACAAGCAAGUAUUCUCAGUAGAAGAUGGGGGAUAGGAAAGAAAGAAUAAAUAAUACAAGCAAGUAUUCUCAGUAGAAGAUGGGGGAUAGGAAAGAAAGAAUAAAUAACACAAGCAAGUGUUCUUGUAGAACAUGACGGUCUGGGAGCGAAAAGGUGUUUGAUGGAUGCAUAUGGUGGGAGCCAAUACAGGACACUGAGUCCUGGGAGGGGCGGCAUGGCUAAGGGAAGUUCAGGAGCCUUAAAGGAAAAUGCCCUAGAUCUGACUGUGAAUCAGUUUUCGGAGGAGAGACUGAGCACAGCGCCCCCAGGUUUCAGAACCAGUCUACAUUAUUUCCAUCUACUACUACUUAAGAGUUUGUGUGUAAACAGCCAUGUCUCUGAGUUCCCAGGGCCCUUGCUCCGCUGAACCUCCACUUUUUAAUGAAAAAGAAAAAGGAUUUGAGAAGAAAAGAGAAUAUUUCCUUCUCCUCUCUCUCUAUUCCCAGGAGAAAGGAAAAUUCCAGAAACGAUCAUAAGUAUCUCUCACCCAGAUUGAUCUUCCUUCUUCCUUGUGAAUCCCUUAGCUUUUCCUAAAUGUCUACAAUGGUCAUCUGGCUGGUUUGGCUUGCUGGGUUGUGGGUAGCACACAUGGAGGGUUUCUGUAUGACCUGCAGUCUCAUCCAUUGAUUCCCAUACAGACCUUCCUUAAUAAUGUUUCCCAUUGAUCAUUUAAUUUCCUGUCUCUUCUACCAAAAGCCAGUAUUGGCUUUUUUUAAUGUAAGAGUUACCUAUCUUCUCUACUGCAGAAUGUUUUCUCCUCAGACCUUCACCCCAGAUUCUGACUUCCUUCUUAUAGGCACUUCAUCUGUGUAUAUUUUCUGGAUUUUUCUCUCCAAGUUAUUAAAGCACUUUGACCUGUUACUGAUUGGGUAGAGGGGGAAAGGGAGAGUCAACAGAUGAUGGAUAGCUUCCUUCUAUCUACUGGUCUUUUUAUAAUAAAGUGUAAAAUAUUUAUAAAGGAAGGUCAUCAUAAUUAUUGGGCUCUCAGUUGGAAGAAAGUCCUGACUCAUGUUUCUGGCUCUGGCUGUCAGCAGACAAGGAGUGGAUAGAGGACAAGAAUUCUUGGGAGGGUCAAGGAAGAGGAGACUGAAUUUCCAUUGCUCCUAAAAUGGCUCACUCCUGGAUUUAGAUAAGGGCUGCCCAGUUCAUGCUGGGCUCACUUGCAUAGUGACAAAAUGAGAAGAAAAUGUUUUAAUUAAUAAGCAGUAUUUCUAAGCACAUUCUCUUGAAGAUUAUAUAGAAGUAUAAGACAUAGUUCCCAUCUGAGACACAGAUAUAGGAAGAUUAAAAUUAAAUAAUUCAAAAAGAGUUAUCACAAGACAGUACUACACAGAAUAAAACAGACUCUAAUGAAUUAAACCCAAUGUUUAUGGGCAUCCACUAUGUCCCACAUUUAUGUUAGGACACCAGCCGU